AUGCUCGUCGAGCUCGUCGUGCGAAGGCGACCCUCACGGAAGCUCCGGGUGGCCGUGGUGCGGGUCGUGGUUUCAGUGUUCCGCAUAUUCUUCGCGCGGAGAUCGACCGCGCUUGCCCCGGACGCGAAGCCGACGCCAGCGGCCGCGGCGGUGGGAUCCGCGGCGGCCCCGUUGGCGCUGGGGCUUCGGUCGGCGACGGAGACCGCGCCGGCGCAAGAUGCGCGCGCGGGCGACGGCCUGGGCCAGGGCGCGGAGACGCGCCUGCCCCAGGGGGUCGCGGGCAGCCUGCCGGAGUUGUUCAACCCAGUCGGCCUCGGCGCGCGAGCAGGCGCCGGGCCCGAUGCAGGCGCAACUCGCAGCGCGACCUAUGAGACCAUGAUCUUCGUCAGGUGCGUCCACGCCAUCGACUAUUUCAUUCCACGUAAUCACUUCGCUUUCGAUUCUAGGCAGCUUGUCGGCGGGCGGUGCCUGCGGCGGGCCGCGCAGCCCCCGCGCCCCGCGCCCCUGUCCAUUCGAUUGGAUUUGAAGGAGUACGUUGCAGAGUUCUUGUUAAGUUUCAACAUGUUACUCCCGGUUCUGCUGCGGGGCCCUUUGUCGAGGUUCCUGCGCAUGAUGAGUUGCUCGACAGCCUCGAGGGCUUCCCUGGGCCUCGUCAGGGCCCUGAAGGUAGAUUCUAUAUGGCCACUGGCGAGGAACGGGAACGAGGGCUUCAACCCAUGGCUUGCGCCUACGCUUGCGCUGGAGAUUCCAGGCGCACCACUCCUCGACCAAAUCUUCGAUCCGUGCGACCUGCUCCUGGCUGUCAUCGGGAAUUGGUCAAGUUGGGGCAAGUCGGAGAUCGAUCUCGCACCGGGCAUCCUGACAUUGCGCAGCGACGCGCUGCUGACUGCGUUUGCAGCGGUGAGCGCGGUCGAGAAUGGUCGAAAGUUCCUCGGGUCGUGGCCUUGGAGCGCGGUGAGAAUUGUCGAACGCUCCUCGGGUUAUGGCCUGCCGGCCCAGAUGCCCCACCUCAGCGCGAUGACUGGAGUCGAAGGUGAUGCGGAGCACGCGGCCUUGGCCUUGGUCGUGUUCAGGCAGGCGCCCGGCGUUAAGCUCGGCGACAGGUUGUUCGUGCAGAGCGCCUCCGGCCAGAAGCGGUCCUGCACCGUCGUCGGCCUCAGCACCUGGGCCCAGGGACUCGGACCGGCUCGCGGAGCCGGUGCCCGAGCGGCCGCAGUGGAAGCCCGCUGGAGAGCACGGAGGUGCCAAGCGGCCUGGGCAGGGGCGCGAGCGGCCCGUGCAUCGGGGGAGCGCGGGGCCGGGCGUGGUCUCGCCAAGGCCGAGAGACGAGCGUGCCGGGACAGGUUCGAGGGCUUGGACAGGCCGAUGUUCCAUGAGCCAGGGAGCAUACGGACCAACGACGGCAAGAAG